AUGACUGGAAUCUCAACGCGCAGUGACCAGAGGCGUGAGGUUUCCAUAGGAGAAAAUAUCUUUCCGGAAUGUGAAAGAGUAGACCAUAUUAUUAGUGAUUCAACUAAUCUGGACUCAUCUGGGAACACUGCAUAUGAAAGGAGUAUAUUCAAUUCAUGCAGAAUAGGAGACUUCAAUCGCGUUAAGGCAUUGCUCGAGAGCAACACUCCGGUCAAUGCAAAAGACACAUCUGGGCGACGAUCGACUGCCCUCCACUUUGCUGCUGGCUAUGGACGUCUUGAUAUAGUUGAGCUAUUGCUCAAAAAUGGUUUGGUACCACUACAUAAUGCAUGCUCUUUCGGACAUGUUGAUGUUGUAUCUGCUUUGCUAAGCGCUGGUUCUGAUCCCAACUCUCGAGAUGCGUGGAAUUUUACUCCUCUUCACGAGGCAGCAAUUAAAAAUAAACUUGAUGUCUGCAUUCAGUUGUUACAGGCUAGGGCGGAUCCAUACAUAAAAAAUCUUGAUGGAAAAACUUCGAUUGACUUAACUGAUGGUCAUACGCGCCUUGUUCUGCUUGGUGAGUGGCACAAAGAUGAAUUGCUUGAAGCAGCGAGAAGUGGCAACGAAGAAAAAGUUCUUAGCCUACUGACUCCACAAAAUGUUAAUUGCCAUGCGAAUGACGGCCGUAAAUCGACUCCCCUCCAUCUUGCUGCAGGGUACAAUCGCCUUUUUGAUUCACAUUUAACUUCUGUGGUUUUUUUCGUGAUUAGCACAAAAAUUGUCAAGCUUCUUUUGAGUCGAGGUGCUGACGUUCAAGCGAAGGAUAAGGGUGGCUUGAUUCCUCUACAUAAUGCCUGCUCUUACGGACAUCUUGAAGUCUGUGAACUUUUAAUUAGUGCUGGUGCCAGUCAAGCCCAGGUUCGCGCUGCAGAUCUAUGGCAAUAUACGCCACUUCAUGAAGCUGCUAGCAAGGCUCGUGCUGAAGUCUGCUCUCUUCUCCUUGUUUAUGGUGCGGAUCCAACUUUACCUAACUGCCACGGCAAGUCACCACUAGAUUUAGCGCCCAGUCAGGAAUUGCAAGAACGAAUUUUAUACGAAUACAAGGGUACGCUGGCUUGA